AUGAGCGUGAAGCGGUUUCUUCAUAUAGUCCAAGCAGAGGACGGCGAUGAAGGGAAAAAGAAAAAAAGAAAGAAUGAGUGUAGGAAGGGGGAAGUACCUAGAUUGGAAAAAAAUGAACAAGCCACAGAAAUGGACAGCCAAAGGGGAGAGCCACAGGGGGACAGUGUCAAGACGAUGGAGGAAGGACGAGAGGAACAUAGCGCCCAGACCAACCGGGAGGACAUAAGGGAGAAAUAUACUGGAGGGUUGGAAGCGAAAGGUGAAAGAAUUCCCGACAGAGGGACACGAAAUAAGAGCACAUCGAAGGGGAAGGAAAAGGACACCACUGAGACUUCCCCUGAUCAGUUAAGCGACGCAUUAAAUGCUUACAUAGGAUUCGGGCAGAAGGCCAAUGGUGAUAGGAACACCAUAGGAUUAGCAGAAAAGGCCUCAAAUGUGUCUGGGGCCUCAUUUGAAACCCUGCAAUCACAGAAAAGGGAUAGCGUAGGAAUAAGUGAGGUGGAAGGUGGGAACCACUGUAGUGGGGAGGACAACUCCGGAUCGACUCCACGUGACGCCCUUCAAAAUGAAAGUACCAAUUCUAACAGUAAUCGUGAUAGGCAGAUCGUGCAAAGGGAUAUAAUGAAUGAAGGGCUACAAGUAGGGGAAACAAAGAAGGGGAGUGAACAACAGAUGAGAAGUAACUCAGGAGAGAACACAAACAAAGAGGUUAACAAAAAAGCAGUCAAGGGAAAAGUAGAGGAGAAAAGUGAACCGAAAAUGGACACCGGUCUCAGUGCAGGAGACGAUCACAACCAGUACAAUAAGGAAUCACACGAUUGUGUUAAUGCUAUGCAGAAAGGGAAAAGCGAGGACCUGGGGAAUAAAUGCAACCCACAAGGGGCAUACAAAAGUGUUAGUAAUGGUGGAGGUCUUCCUCAGAGCUGGAUUAACUUCAAUGGUUAUUACGAUAUGUAUGGCUGCGGCUACGGCGGAGGGGUGGGUAUGGCCCCUGUGGGAAGCGUCCCCCCCGCCACGACAAUUCCACCAAUGGCGCCCCCAGGAAUGAUGAACAUGUUGAACGUGGCGAACGCGACAUACACAAUGUACGCAACCUACAUGAACCAUGUAAACUACAACCACCUGAACCACCAGAAUUACAAUUACUACGGAAUGUGCGAAGACUAUGGCCGUAGGAUGGAAAAGGACAUGGGGGUGAAGCCCUAUGAGUUUUCCUCCCUACUGGAAAAAAGCAUCGAGCUAAUGAAGAAGAACGAUAAGGUAAAAGAAAUCCUGAAACGGCCAGCAAAAUUGCAAGUGACUCAAGAGGAGUUGAACAAAGUAGAAUACUCAGAAGGCAAUGACCAAUACAACAUGUGGUUCGGAAAAUACGUACCGGACAAAUUCGAUAAAGGGAGGAGUGCUAGCAGUGUUGGUGGUGUACAACGCCUCGUGGCAAGGUUCAAAUGCAACCCUUCCACCGACUCUGGAUACACAAAGGCAGAUAAAAAUUUGACGAGCAAACAAUUUUUUUGCAUUUAUUUUGCACGUGGUUGCUGUGCUUAUGGGCAUAACUGCCUCUACAGACAUAGAAUUCCAAACGAAAAUGAUGAGCUACAGUUUGAACAAACCAUCGAUAUUUUUGGACGAGAAAAAUUCAGUACCUUCAAAGAAGACAUGGGUGGGGUGGGGAAUUUUAACAGUGAGUGUAGAACCCUCUUCAUUGGAAGCAUUCAUAUUGAUAAUUAUGAGCAGGUUCAUAUAAUCGAGAAAAUUCUAUAUGAUGAAUUUAGCAACUUUGGAAACAUUGAAUAUGUAAGGUAUGUGCCUUUUAAAAAUAUUGCCUUCGUUCAAUAUUCAUACAGAGUCAAUGCGGAGUUUGCCAAGGUAGCCAUGUCGGAUCAGCCUAUUGAAAAUCACUCCACGGCUCUAACCAUCAAGUGGGCUUUCGAGUUGAAGAACACCCCACAUCAUUCUUCUCAGCAUUACGCCAACCCGUAUGGGUAUAACCACAACCCCCUGGUCUCAUCCACGUGGGAACAAUAUGUCUCCCAUCAGAGGGAGCGGGAUCGUCAACAGUUCAGUUUGCCGCCUGAAUUUGGUUUCCAUCCCCAAUUUGGCGUUAUUCCCCAAUUCGGGGUUCCUCAUCAGUUUGGUUCGCCCCCAUAG